ACAGCGUUGCAAAGGUCAUCAUUGGUGCUCGGGCACUACAACUUUUUUAGCAUUAGUCACUUUAUUGGUUUCAAUUCUUUUUUGCAGGUGCAGUGUAUUUUACUACCAUGUCAUUGUAUUUAUGACAGCUUUAGUUUCCGUAACGCUCUCAUCAUGUCUAAAGAGGAGGUUAUCCUGCAGUCAGCCGCACACAGUGACAGCAGCACCGGCAGGAGCAGCAGUGGAGUCGGUCUGGUGAUUACGGGGCUGCUGGGUGGGGCGGUAGUCGGGCUGUACGCCGCCACAGCGCCAUUUGUAGCUCCAGCGCUGAGAAAAGUGUGUUUGCCGUUUGUCCCUGCGACCACCGAACAGGUUCAAAACGUCUUCAAGGUGUUGAGAGCCAGAACAGGGACGCUGGCGGACAUUGGCAGUGGAGAUGGGAGGAUAGUGAUAGCAGCAGCAAAGCACGGCUUUAAGGCCUCUGGCUUCGAGCUGAACCCCUGGCUGGUGUGCUACUCCCGCUACAAGGCCUGGAGAGAGGGCGUCCACCACUCCACCUCCUUCCACAUCUCGGACUUGUGGAAGGUCAGUUUUGCACAGUAUUCCAAUGUUGUCAUUUUUGGAGUCCCUCAAAUGAUGGACCAGCUGGAGCUGAAGCUGGCAAGCGAGUUACCGAGCACAGCCAAGGUGGUGGCCUGCCGAUUUCCCUUCCCCACCUGGGUACCUGAACACACUGCCGGAGAGGGCAUAGACACUGUGUGGGUGUACGAUGCCAAGACAUUUAAAUCAGACCAGCAACACGGAACAACAUAGAAGACAACAUCGGAACAUGGGGACAUGCCAAAUUUACACACAUAAAUAGACACACUAAGGUGUGGUUAACAGUUCUUGUGAUCACACACUGUAGUCUGGGGAGGAACUGACAUUUGAAAUCCAUGCUGUUUCUUUUCUGGACCAGGAGUGGACCUGAAGCAUCUCAAAGUUGUAUGUUUUUUAUGGAAAUGUACAGAUAAAUAGUACACGUCAGCUUGCAAGUGUAAGGUUAAAUGUGGCAAGACAUUGUACCUGAUUGACUCUAGCACUGGUUGUGAUGAGAAGAAUACAGCCUCCUCCAUGUCUGCAGAUGUGGGUUGAAAGAUGGUACAUAUUUCAUAUUUGACAUGUGUUUUAAGAUGCUUAAAUUCCUUAUAGGAAAAGGGAACCGGCCAUGAAUGAUUGAAGAACUUGAUUAAGUCUUGAAAGUUACAUUGCAAGUUGUAUUGUUUAUACCAUGUAUAUGUGACAUUAAAUGAUUCUUUCUACACUGACAGAGUUGUUUCCAAAUGGCUGACAAAGAAGAAGAUGGUUUGUAACAUUA